ACUCCUCCUCUUCAGUCCAUCAACAACAAUGACAACAAUGGCCACAUGCAAGAAAUGCUAAGAUUGGUCUCAGCCAAACAUAUUGAAUCAUUGCCAAUAUCAAGCAUACGAUUGUCCACUGGCUCAAACAUACUGGAUAGACAUCUGCAAGGCGGUAUCUUGCCCAGUGGCAUCACAGAGAUUGUUGGUGAGGCUGGCUCGGGCAAGACACAGCUGUGUCUCCAGCUGGCUGUGCAGACUCAGCUGCCCUUUGACAUGGGCGGGCUGGAGGGAGGCGUGUUGUACAUCAGCUCCACCGAUAUCUCACAACAAAUGAAGCGUCUGAAACAGAUCGUCUCACAUCGAAUGCCCGUGUUUGAGAAGAUGCGUCAGAAUGCCAAUCAGCCACCACUUUCAAUCAAGUUUGAGGACAACCUAUUCAUCCGUCUGGUGCCCACCGUAUAUCAGCUGAUGCACUUGUUGAACAAUGGAUUCUCAGAGCUCAUUGAGAAGCGCACUAUUCGUCUGUUGGUCAUCGACUCAAUCGCCACACUGUUUCGAUCAGAGUAUGGAAACGACAAGAAGGACCUUAUCGACAAGACCAAUGUGCUCUGGGAGCUCUCAAAUCAACUUAAGCUCAUCAGUGAAGAGCAUGGAAUCACAGUGGUGGUUGUCAAUCAAGUCUCAGACUACUUUGACAGCCAUAUCUUUAAGAAUGACUCGUCUUCAUCGUCUGCCUCAAUAGGCAAUGCCUCCCAGAGUGACGAUGCGACAGCGACCACAACAACUUCAAAUGCAUUGAUCAAUCUCGAUAAUCAAUCAGCUACUGUUGUGGAGAACUAUCAGAACAGGCCAAGGAAGAAGCGUAGAAAGUCAUACAUUCCAUCAUUCCAGAAUACCAAGCAGCAACACUCCACUGUCUCAUUGCCAUCGACAUCCAAUCAACUACCAAACAAGACGACGAUCAUUCCAGCACUGGGCCUGUCAUGGGCCAACUUUGUAAACACUCGUAUCAUGGUCAAGAAGUGUGUUGGACGCUCCGUCCACAGUUCCAAUGGCGAUGUUACACUGCGUGAGAUGAAGAUUGUCCUGUCCUCAAGUCUCCCCAAUGACACAUUCCACUUCUAUCUCGAUGCUCCUGGUGUCAUUGGCUAU